AUGGCGGACAUUCAAAAGACUCCCUUCGUGAGGGAUCUUGCCUCAAGCGACCGCAAAGUUCGCGACAAGGCUCUCGAGUCCCUCACGCAAUUCUUGCGCUCGCGCAACGAUCUGUCCCUUGUUGACCUCGUCAAGCUAUGGAAGGGUCUCUUUUUCUGCUUUUACCACUCUGAUAGACCUCUCACGCAACAAGCUCUCGCCCGCGCACUCUCCUACUCCCUCGUUCCAUCUCUCCCUCACGCCACCGUCCACCGCUUCCUGCGCGCAUUCUGGAUUACUAUCGGCCGUGAUUUCCACUCCCUGGAUCGGUUGCGGUUGGACAAGUACCUCUUCCUGAUUCGUUGCUAUGUCGGAGUCGCAUUCGAGGUCUUUGUGAAGGGAUCGAACAAAAGGGCGGCCGAAGAUGGGAAGAAGCGCAAGCGACAGGAUAGUGGUAAACAAGGCCGGGGAAAGAAGCAAAAGAAGCAGGUGGAGAGCGAGACCGCUCCCGCAGAGAACGAGACUGAGGAAGGAGAUGGCAAAUGGGCCGAUCUCGAGGCUUAUAUCUCCAUCAUCGAAGAAGGUCCUCUGUGCCCUGUCAACUUCGACCCGGAUAACUCAUCCAAGCCCGUUGUGGAUGAGAAGGACCCGAACUUCGUUCCCAUGCCGCACGGUCCGGAUGGCCUGCGCUAUCACUUAAUUGACCUUUGGGUUGAUGAGCUGGAGAAGGUGUUUGAGUUUGAGGGAGAUGAGACCGAUUCGGAGGAUGAGCCAAAGAAUCGGAAGAUCAAGGGCGACGUGCCCAUGGAACUGCUGUUGCGGCCCCUGGAGAAGUUGCGCACUGAGAGCCCUUACAAGCCCGUACGGACAAGGGCUGCGCAGGCUCUUGAUGAUGAUCGGUUGGUGGAGUGGGGAGUCCGUUCUCGGAAGAUAGAGGAGGACGAUGAGGAUAGUGAGGGAGAGUGGGGUGGCUUCGCCGACUGA